AUGGCGGCCGCGGGAAUAGCAUCCUUGGUGUUGCUUCUGUCUGCAUCUGCAAUUGUGCUCUCCAUUAAAGAUGGACAGAUCGUGUCCCAGUGUGACUAUCCUGGCAUCGUGGCUGUGGUCAUUCCGGACAACGGCGCAAUCAUCUGUAAUGGGGUCAGAUCUAAGGGCAUUCUCUACGUCCCAGAGCUGUGUGGGGCAGCCAUCGGAGACAUACUGACCAAAUUUCCACUGGUGCUGGUGUAUGGCGAUGGAACCAAGAACUUGACCAUACCAGUGAAUUCAACAGGGACAUUCGCUGACGGCAUAUUUCAAAUGCCAAUCACAGAGCCCAUGGAUCCGGACUGCAAUUCAGAAGCCACGUUGUUUGACAGCAGUAUGGACAUCAGCAACAACAGUUGUGAACUAGCUGGCUAUGGAGCAGAGCAACUCGCUGGAAAAAUCUAUGACGGCACUCUCAAGGCAGCACCGCUGACCAAAAGCACCAGUGUCCAGUGCUGCAAGGUGAUCUUCAACUCGUUGACCAAGUCACAGCAAGGGGUGAUUCUCAACAAGCAGGCGCCACUCAACUGUGUGGCUUCUUCGGGGGCUGGUUGUGGGCUGGGCGACCUGGGAGCUCCCGUCUACUGCAGGAACAGCGCCGGGGAGCCGGUGGUGGUCGGUCUGGCUGCUUCUUUUCCGUGUGAGAACGAGGGAACAUUUGUCAUAUACGACCUCACAAAAAGCGAUUCAGGCUUCAAAUUUGGGAUCAGCGCCUAA